CCUCUGUCACUUCCUGAAUCCCGCUUCCUGCUUCCCAGAGGCCGGGAUCCGGAGCCGCCCGAAGUCAGUGCCGCAGCCCCUGGCGCCCCCGACAUGUCCUUCCGCAAAGUGGUCCGGCAGAGCAAAUUCCGCCAUGUGUUCGGGCAGCCGGUUAAGAACGACCAGUGCUAUGAGGACAUUCGCGUGUCCCGUGUUACCUGGGACAGCACCUUUUGCGCCGUCAACCCCAAGUUCCUGGCGGUGAUUGUGGAAGCCAGUGGUGGGGGUGCCUUUCUGGUGCUCCCCCUAAGCAAGACGGGCCGAAUUGACAAGGCCUACCCGACGGUGUGCGGGCACACGGGGCCUGUCCUGGACAUCGACUGGUGUCCCCACAAUGACGAAGUCAUCGCCAGUGGCUCAGAGGACUGUACGGUCAUGGUGUGGCAGAUCCCAGAGAACGGGCUGACCUCCCCGCUGACGGAGCCGGUGGUGGUAUUAGAGGGGCACACCAAGCGGGUGGGCAUCAUUGCCUGGCACCCAACAGCCCGCAAUGUGCUGCUCAGUGCAGGCUGCGACAACGUGGUACUCAUCUGGAACGUGGGCACGGCGGAGGAGCUGUACCGCCUGGACAGCCUGCACCCUGACCUCAUCUACAACGUCAGCUGGAACCGCAACGGCAGCCUGUUCUGCUCAGCAUGCAAGGACAAGAGCGUGCGCAUCAUCGACCCCCGCCGGGGCACCCUGGUGGCAGAGCGGGAGAAGGCUCACGAGGGUGCCCGGCCCAUGCGGGCCAUCUUCCUGGCCGACGGCAAGGUGUUCACCACAGGCUUCAGCCGAAUGAGUGAGCGGCAGCUGGCACUCUGGGACCCCGAAAACCUCGAGGAGCCCAUGGCCCUGCAGGAACUGGACUCAAGCAAUGGGGCCCUGCUGCCCUUCUACGACCCUGACACCAGCGUGGUCUACGUCUGUGGCAAGGGUGACUCCAGCAUCCGGUACUUUGAGAUCACCGAGGAGCCCCCCUACAUCCACUUCCUGAACACAUUCACCAGCAAGGAGCCCCAGCGGGGCAUGGGCAGCAUGCCCAAGCGGGGCCUGGAGGUCAGCAAGUGCGAGAUCGCCCGGUUCUACAAACUGCAUGAGCGCAAGUGUGAGCCCAUUGUCAUGACUGUGCCAAGAAAGUCGGACCUCUUCCAGGAUGAUCUGUACCCGGACACAGCCGGGCCUGAGGCAGCCCUGGAGGCUGAGGAGUGGGUGAGCGGGCGGGACGCUGACCCCAUCCUCAUCUCUCUGCGGGAGGCGUACGUGCCCAGCAAGCAGCGGGACCUGAAGAUCAGCCGGCGCAAUGUGCUGUCAGAUGGACGGCCCGCUGUGGCCCCAGGCGCCUCCCGCCUGGGGGCCCCUGCAUCUGCCACCACUGCUGCUGAUGCCACCCCCAGUGGCAGCCUGGCCAGAGCCGGGGAGGCUGGGAAGCUGGAGGAGGUGAUGCAGGAGCUUCGGGCCCUGAGGGCACUGGUCAAGGAGCAGGGGGAGCGCAUCUGCCGCCUAGAGGAGCAGCUGGGCCGCAUGGAGAACGGGGAUGCCUAGGGGCACAGCCAUGUGCCCCCUUCCCACUCAGCUUCUGCUGGCUGGUGGCACCGGGCUGGCUGGCUGGCUGCCAGGGCCUCUGAGGCAGCAGGGGUCAGUUCCCACCCCAACCCAUCCCAGGCCCAGGCCGAAGCCACCACCCAGCUUUCCUCAUUGUUGCUGUGGAGGAUUUCUACGCCCAAGCGAGCUCCUCGACCUCUGAGGGACCAUCUCCCUCACCACGGCCCAGACCUCCCUCCCCAGAGGAAGCAGGAGGGUGGGCUCUAUAUUUUCAUUCCAAAAUAAAAUUCUCUUUCUAAAAGCCA